CCUGUGACCUGAGCUACUACAAGGACUCCCCGGGAGACCAACUGUGCUCCAUGUGUCCUCCCUUCAGUCACUCCGACACCCUGGCCUCCCAAAUCUGUGACUGUGAUCCCAACUACUACCGGGCAAUGAGUGACUCCCCCACCUCCGCCUGUACACGUCCUCCCUCGGCUCCGGUCAAUCUCAUCUCCGGUGUAAAUGGCACAACGGUAACCCUCGAGUGGAACCCACCACGAGACACAGGCGGGCGCAGGGAUGUCACAUACAACGUUAUUUGCCGUCGCUGUGCUUGGGAUGCGGGUCAGUGUGAGCCUUGUGGAGGAGGAGUCCGUUAUACCCCCCAACAGAUGAGCAUAGCCAAGACCUCCCUGAUUGUCGCCAACCUCCAGGCCCAUAUGAACUAUACCUUCUGGGUGGAGGCCGUCAAUGGCGUAUCUGACUUCAGCUUGGAGCAGCGGAUGUUCUCCACUGUGAAUAUUACCACCAACCAGGCAGCCCCUUCUCAGGUUGUCGCCAUUCGUAAAGACAAGACUUCCCAGAACAGCAUUACGCUUGUGUGGGAGGAGCCUGACCAGCCGAACGGCAUCAUCCUGGAAUAUGAGAUGAAAUACUUUGAGAAGGACAAGGAGAUGCAGAGUUAUUCCACCCUGAAGGCCAAGGAAACCAAGGCUGUAGUGACCAGCCUCAAACCUUCCACCCGCUAUGUCUUCCAGGUCAGGGCCCGAACCUCAGCUGGCUGUGGCAAGUUUAGCCAAACGGUAGAGAUAGAGACUAGUAAAGCAACGGCCCUGCGCUACAACACCAUGACCAUUGUGUGGAUCUGUCUGACGCUAAUAACGGGUCUGGUUAUUCUCCUGACUUUCCUCAUCUGCAAAAAGCGGCAUUGUGGGUACAGCAAGGCCUUCCAGGACUCUGAUGAGGAGAAGAUGCAUUAUCAGAAUGGACAUUUAACCUUUACAGAGCCCAAACUCUACGUGGACCCUCACACGUACGAGGACCCCUGCCAGGCCGUCCGUGAAUUUGCUCGGGAGAUCGAGGCCUCCAGAAUUAAGAUUGAGAAAAUAAUUGGUUCUGGGGAGUUUGGAGAGGUCUGCUAUGGUCGCCUGAAGCUCCCAGGAAAGCGGGAAAUCCCCGUGGCCAUUAAGACAUUAAAAGUUGGUUACAAUGAGAAGCAGCGCCGAGACUUCUUGAGUGAAGCCAGCAUCAUGGCCCAGUUUGAUCACCCCAAUGUCAUUCAUCUGGAAGGUGUGGUGACCCGAAGUAAGUUAACGAUGAUUGUAACAGAGUACAUGGAGAAUGGCUCUCUGGAUACAUUUCUCAGGAGCCAGGAUGGUCAGUUCACCAUAAUUCAGCUGGUCGGCCUGUUGAGGGGAAUCUCUUCCGGAAUGAAAUAUCUUUCUGAUUUGGGAUUUGUUCAUCGGGAUCUGGCUGCUCGCAACAUUCUGGUCAACAGCAACCUGGUGUGUAAAGUGUCCGACUUUGGCCUCUCUCGGGUCUUGGAGGAUGACCCUGAAGCCGCCUACACCACCACCGGAGGAAAGAUUCCCAUCCGCUGGACCGCACCGGAAGCCAUCACCUACCGCAAGUUCUCCUCGGCGAGCGACGUGUGGAGCUACGGAAUUGUCAUGUGGGAGGUCCUGGCUUAUGGCGAGAGACCGUACUGGAACAUGACCAACCGAGAUGUGAUACAUUCGGUGGAGGAAGGGUUCCGGCUGCCGCCCCCUAUGGGUUGUCCCACCGCGUUACACCAACUGAUGCUGGACUGCUGGCAGAGGGACCGCAAUGAGCGCCCGCCAUUCUCCCUGAUUGUCAGCAUUCUGGACAAACUCAUCCGCAACCCGGACCACCUGAAACUGAGCGCCACCGUCAACCGGUAUGAACUGCACCCCACAAUCUCCUCCCCCCACUCGGGAUCCCAUCCGGCCUUCACGGUGAAUGAUUGGCUAGACUCCAUCAAGAUGGGCCAGUACAAGCAGAACUUUGUGAUAGGAGGAUACCGCACCCUGGGGAUGGUCAUGAGGAUGAAUAUAGAUGACAUUCGGAGACUUGGCAUCACGCUUAUUGGACACCAGAAGAAGAUCCUCACUAGCAUCCAGAUCAUGAGGGCCCAGCUCAUAAACACGUUAGGGCCCAGAAUGCACUUGUGAUGAAGACCCUGAAUGAGCCCGAUACCUGAAUGUGAGAAGAGGACUCGUUACUGAGCCGUGUUUCCUCU